AUGGCGGGCACUGUGCGACUGCUGGUGCUGAAUGGCAAAGGUCUAGACACGAGAGGCUCGACGGAAGAGUCGCGAACAUACUUCCGAUCGUCCGCGCAGCUGUCGGAUUACGAUGCGCACAUUCGCGCCACUGCUGCAGAGCUCGGAGUGGCAGUGGAACAUUUGCAGACGAACGACCUGGACGAGUGCAUCAGGCUACUGUCCGGCACCGAUGCUGACGCCAUUGUCAUCAAUCCCGCAGGCUUCGGCAAGGAGCCGGCCCUGGUGGAGUGCAUCGCUGCGCUCAGGAAACCGGUUUUCGAGGUCCACUACGGCAACUUCUUCGCCAAGG